AGUGAAAACAAAACAGACAAACCUGACAACAUUCUUGUUCAGUGUUUUGUCUUUCCCUUUUUAUUCCUUUGACACUUCACAUUUCUUUGCUUCUUAAGUCCAAAAUAUUCACCUAACUAAUUCAUAAUCAUUUCUUCAUGUAUAGAUACAUAAAUAAAUAAAUAACCAUAUAGUUAGUAAGUGGAAAAUUGCAAUGGCAAUGACAAUGCCUCUUAGUUUAAGGAAUAAGCUCAAAACUCUUUGUGCUUGUGGUGAUGGUUGGUCUUAUGCAAUUUUCUGGCGCUUUCAUAAGACAAAUCCUAUGUUGUUGACUGUGGAAGAAUCAUAUUAUGAAGAGCAAUUAGGAGAAGAGAUUGCAAAAUUGCUUCCUCAAGUGCACUUGCUGGGUGAAGGAAUUGUUGGUGAAGCUGCUUUCUCCGACAAACACAAUUGGUUGCACUCCGUCAGCUAUGAGGAUGAUUCUGGAUUGUAUCAACAAUUCUCUUCUGGAAUAAAGACAAUUGUGGUCAUACCUAUCAAAUCAUGGGGAGUGGUACAAUUUGGAUCCACAAAUAAGAUUUUGGAGACGAUUAAUUUUUUGGAUCAAACACAAAGUUUGCUCAAGGAGAUUGAUGAUAUGGACAUGAUUGAAGUAUCAGGAAAUGAACUUUUACCAAUGGAUUUUGCAAAUUAUGAUCUCAACGGACUGUUGGCUUCCAUUUCCACUGAAAAUUCAUGUGAUUGGACUCUCAAAUAUACUCUUGAUGAAAACUAUGAUGAGCUAAGAGAAGUUUAUUCUUCUACAAAUCCUAAUGAUCCCUUCUCUUCCCAACACAAGACUUGUGAAGAAACCUCAUCUCUUAGUGACCAAUUGAAUGGUACCAUAGAAGCUUAUUUGGAUCCUGACUCUUCUAUGAACGACAACUUGAUUUCCAAAACCUCCCUUUUUGGUGAAUGGUGUGGUGAAAAUUCUUCUUUUGAUUCAUUAGGCCAACAAUUUGCAUCUGAAAUAAUGGCACAAGAAGUUGUAGAUGUUUGCACUUCAUUUGAUAGCAGCAUUGUUCAUGAUUCAGCAUUCGUCUCAUUGGACAAAGGGUCAUCAUUUCAAGACAAUCAUUCUUCUGAACCUGUUGUUGUCACAGAUGUUGUUUUACCAUCAAGUUCGAUUGAGCCGGUCGAUAUGUCAGAAGAAUUUUUGAAGCUCAGCUCAUUGGACGAUCUUUGUCAGUGGUUUGCUCCUUCUACAGAUGAUAGUAUCUGCACAACAAUGAUUCAAUUAGAUAAUAACCUUCCUGAAUCAAUAGAAUUUAAUCCAACUUUAGCUGAGCAUAACACUAUCACUACAACAGUUAACUCAGAAAUGAAAGAAACAUCUGUACUAAUACACAGUUCUGAAAAUGAUUUCUUGGAUAACUUGGAAUUGGAUUUGGGAUGUGACCAAUCUAGUGAAUGGUGGGGGAAUUUACUUACACCAAUGGUGAGUACUGCUACCGAUAUCGGCUUUUCCGAAUGCAUAUCGGAGUUGAACUAUACUACUACGCUGACUGAUAAUCGGAAGAGGCUAUUCUCAGAGUUGGGAGGAAUUGAAGAGCUUUUGAAGGGUCAAGCAAAUUACAACAAUCCUUUUAAUAGUUCAAAUUUUGAGAAUGAGUUACUAUCAUCUAAUAAGAGACAGAUGGUAGAAUUUUCAUCCAUGAGUAGAACUCAAGUAAAUUUUGCAAGCCUUGUUGGGGCUGAGGCUGGACCAAAUUUGAUGCAAUCUGUUUCUGACUUGGAAAAAUCCAAUAGUGUUUUAACUAAGAAAGAUACAUUCCCAAAAUUACAAGUAGGCAUGUUGAUUAAUGAUAGAAAUAGCAUUAAUAUGAAGAGGGGUGUUUCCUUACACCCUAAGAAACAAGAAGAGCCUACAAAGCCUACCAAGAAGAAGGCUAAGCCUGGAGAGAGUACUCGGCCGCGGCCAAAAGAUCGACAGCAAAUUCAAGACUGUAUUAAAGAAUUGAGAGGAAUCAUCCCUCAUGGUGGAAAGUGUAGCAUUGAUUCUUUGUUAGACCGCACCAUCCGAUACAUGCUUUUCUUACGCAGUGUCAUCAAAUAUGCAGACAUGAUACAUGAGCCUAAUGAGCCAAAGCUUAUUGAACAAGCAAAUGGAGUGGUUCCAAAAGAUAGCGAAAACCGUGGUGCUACAUGGGCGUUUGAAGUAGGAAACCAAACAAUGGUAUGCCCUAUUAUUGUUGAGGACAUGAAUCCACCAGGCCAAAUGCUUAUAGAGAUGCUUUGUGAGGAUCAAGGUUUCUUCCUUGAGAUAGUUGACAUAAUUAAAGGUUUUGGGCUGAAUAUCUUGAAAGCAAAAAUGGAAAUAAAGAAAAGUAAAUUAUGGGGGCGCUUUAUUGUCGAGGCUAAUAGACAUGUGACAAGGAUAGAUGUGUUUUGGUCCCUUAUUCAUCUUCUGCAACAACCAAACAUCACUGGAAGUGAUUCUUCAAAUAAGCAUAGCAAUGUUAUUGAUGCAAACAUCGCUUAACAGUGGCAAUCAAGACGCGCUUAUGUGAUUUCAGAACUAUAUUGAACACAUAAUGUUUUGAAAGUUUAAUAAUAUUUGGAAAAGAAGAGUAUCAGUCCUUUUUAUGCAGGUCUUGAAACAGGAUUUGUUUGUAUAUAGAUUUUAGAUUAGAUUAUACUUAGCAAAAACUUGGAAAAUUCAAGGUUCAUUAUGUCAACUUUGUGUUUCUAUAUAU